ACCCCCCUUCACCCGACAUCCCGAUCUCUGCAGGGGGGCUCCUGAUUCCUGCCCGUGGCUGUGUCUGUCAUUCCAUCCUGACGGGUCCAUGGAGAAAGUCCAAGAGGAGAAUGACACGGAGCGGUGGGAGAGACCGGACAUAACAGACGCCGAGAGGGGCAUCAUCAAGGACACCUGGGAUCGUCUGUAUGCAAACUGUGAGGACGUUGGGGUCUCUAUACUGAUCAGGUUCUUUGUCAAUUUUCCAACCGCCAAGAACUACUUCAGCCAGUUUAAGGAAAUGGAGGACCCCCUGGAGAUGGAACAAAGUGUUCAGUUGCGCAAGCAUGCCCGAAGGGUCAUGGGGGCUAUCAACAGUGUGGUGGAAAACCUUGGGGACCUUGAAAAGGUGGCAACUGUCGUGGGAAUUGUGGGCAAAAGCCAUGCUAUGAAACACAAAGUGGACCCUGUAUUCUUUAAGAUCCUGACUGGGGUGAUACUGGAAAUCAUUGCAGAAGCAUUUGCCAAAGAAUUCACCCCAGAAGUACAGCUAGCUUGGAGCAAAUUACGGAGCCUCAUAUACAGUCAUGUACAAGCAACAUACAAGGAGGUGGGCUGGACACAGUACCCCAGUAACUCGGUGUGAGCCCAUCCAUCUCCCAGUGAGGGCCCAGCCAAGGACUUCAGCUCCUGGCUGUCUCAGGCCUCCUGAACCUGGGGCAGCGAGGGAGUACGGGUGUUGGGAAUACUGGGGUGGGUAAUUGGGUGGGCAUGCGGUUAUAACUACAGGGUCACUACAACCAGGGUGGGUUGGGCUUUUUAAUAUGGCAUUAAAGUACGCUGCAUUUGAACUAGCUGCAUACUCCUUCUAAAAUGCAGGUUAUAUAACAGCACGGGGAGCAGGAAGGAAGCAGAGACAUAUCAGACAAAGAAGCUAACGUUUUACUGUACGGCUGCUCUGUACAUCAUCCGUGUAGUAUUAUACCAGUGGAAAAAUCUAGCGUUGUAAUCCAGGCUAUUUUGAGAUUGUCCUUGCCCUGUUCUUCUCUGUCCCAUAUUUUCCACGUGUUCCAAGUUCUAUCAGGCAUGAGAAACAGAUGGUUCUUGAACACUUCCAAGUACAAAACAAGAUCCCUACAAGUGAAGGGGUUAACAGGACUUCAUGACUCAGAUACAACCCCACCCUAAACCCAACAGUUUUGCUUGGCAUGCACUUGUAUAUGGCGAUACGUCUUCAUUUCCCAUAAUCAUUCGCUUGGCUGGUUCUCGUAUGAUGACAUGCUAUCAUGAGACCAGCAUGUAAAGGGUUCACUCAGUUUUGCCCACCAUUUCAUUUUAUGCCUGAUUUUCAGAACCUUCUACGGGACCAAAUAUAAGAGGAUAUUAUUGAUUUUAGAGUAUAUGAUAUAAAGAGAGUAUCUACUUAACCUUGCAGUAUAUCAGCUGGUAAACUUUAUCCUGGCCAGGAAGGCGGCAGGCUCAUGAGCCAAGAAACUUAUAAGACACAGAGGCAGAAAUAUUUUGGAUGGGUUUUUUUGAGUUGUAUUGUGGAAUAGAGAUAUAUAUGCUCCUGGCCUGUGCAAUUUUGUGUCAAAAUGUGUCUGUCCAUACAAUAUACUGUUUUACUGUGAUAUAGAAAUAAAAUCAUACUAUUGGAUCUGUA